AUGACAAACCUCCCCCGACUCAAUUGGGACAUACUCCUCAACAUCAUGAACUCGAUCGACAAAUCUCGAGAAGUCAUCAGGUGCUUCAUGGCUCUCAACCGUUAUUUCUACCACCGGGGCGCCAAGGUUGCUCUUCGGCUUCCCGUCGCGCUUCAUGACCACGAAGAGCUCGAGGGCUUCCUGUGCUUCAUGGAGGCCGAGCAGCAGACCCGCUAUUGUUAUCUUCGUCACCUUGACUUUUCAGUCGACGACUUCGACGACUACGAUGGGGUUGCCUUGAAGUCCAUAUACGACUUUGUCUCGCGCUGCACCAACCUCCAGACGCUCAGGCUCGACCGGGGCGAGGGCACUCUGAUGUUCUCCGACGACCUCUGGGAGGCCUUUGCCUCGCUCUCCUCUUUACGCCACCUCAACAUCAGCUACGCCAACUUAUUCUCAUACUAUUUGCUCAGAGAUCUCCGGUCUACAUUGUCCACCGUCUCCUUGCAGUGCGAGGAUCCUCGCGAUGAGUUCCUCCUCGAUGACGGCGACGAUUCAUCGCUGCUCGAAAGCUCCCACCCGAUCGCCCUUUUCGCCAACCAUCGCGACACCCUCGAAUCAGUCAUCUGCGAGAGCUGGUACGGGCUCGAGCACACCCCGACCUCUUUCCACGUCUACCCCAGAAUGCUGCGCCUCGCCAUCGACUACACCACCAUCCGCGACGUAGCGUGCCUCGUCCGCGCGUACCCGAACUUGAAGUACCUCCGCUCCCGCGAGAGAUGGGUCCACCCGAACUCCAGCAACCAGGGUCUCAGCGAAGAAGAGAGGCGCGCGGUCCGCGCCGGAAACCUCGAAAGUCAAGACGACUCGGGCGAUGUGUGGUCGUGUCUGCAAGCCUUCACGGGCGGCCUCGCCGAGCUCUACUCCCUCGGUCUCCUCGGGCGCAUCCGGGAGAUCGCGUUCAAGAAGGCCAUCAAAGGCGACGCGUUCAAGGUCGAGAUGCUCGGGGAGAUCCUUGUGUGCGCCGAUCCGGAGGUGCUCCGGCUCGAGUGCGACGACGUGCUCCUCGGGAACGCCCGGUCCGGUCUCGUCGCCGUCUUGCGCGAACCAGGCGCGGAGAAGCUCCGCUCGCUGUACCUCAAGGUCCACCUCGUGUCCGAAGACCGCGACUACAAAGAAAUCUUUAAUGAGCUCGCGAUUUCGCUGCAAAGCAUUCCCCUGGCCGUCCUCGACCUCGACGUGCACGUCGGCGCGAUUCCCUUCGGUUCGAGGAUGUACGUCCGCGAGCGCUCGUCUUCCCCGGAAGACGAAGCAUGGGCCGACGGAUCCGGAGGAACCAAGCUACGAGCGCGUCUCCGCGAGCUUCGCCGCCGCUCGCCGCCACUGCCGCCGCUCACCGCCGCCGAGCUCUCCACGACGCGCAUCGACCCCGACAAGUACCUGCGCAAGCUAUGGGAGACGAUCCCGACUUUGGACGACGCCGCGAUGCGCGUCGAGAAUCCACGACGGGGAACGAGGGUGAAACGAGACAUGGGCUUCAGGAAGGCGACGAUGAUGAGGGGCACGAUGCGCCGAGAGGGAUCGCAGGAUGGGUGGAAACCGACACGGGAUUACUGCUAA